UUCUGUCCCAUCGGUUUCUCCCGGCUAGUGCACCGGCGGCUUCGUCGAGGCAGAAUUUUUUCUUUUUUGAUUGCACAGUAUAGACACGUUUUUAGUAAACGCACAACGCUGUGCUUUGUGGGGUGCUUGCUUCGUGCUGGAUCCAAGGUUGUGUCUGCGUUAUGUGUGUGGAUGCUCGAAAGCGCUCAUGAGAAAACGGAUUCCGAAGCACAUCUCGGGAGCUCCCAUGUGAUACGCCGAUGGGGAGCUUCAGAUCUACGCCGGCUUACGUCUGCUGCUUGGCCAUCAGUGCUUUAUUUAUAUCCGUUUUGGUUACUGCAGACACGAACGGCUCCGAAGCGGUUGCGAACGAUGUUCGCAACUGGGCAUGGCGGUUUGGCACAGAAAUUUCCAAUCAAAGUUUAUUUGCGUCAAAUUACACCGAGAUUAAAGAAAACUUUGAAGAAUUCAAGGCCGACGCUCACUAUAGAGACAUCGCUCAGCUUACAGAGAAGAUUCUAAGAGACCUCGGCAAUUUAGUGUCCUUAAAGAUAGAAUCCCUCAAGCCCUUAAUCCAAGAGGCCGAGGCGCACGCCAAGGAACACAAGUACAGUAACGACAUAGACUAUACAUACUUGAAUGCGCGCAAAGUGUAUCCGCCGAACACUACUCCCGAGUUUCCCGAGGAUGUCACCGAUGAAGAGAAGAGAGAAUACUUACCCUUGGAGCUCAAAAUGCACAGCAACUUUCAGCCAUUUGCCGUCAACUUUUCCCAGAGCGCAGUCCACGUCGCCACGAACAUCUACGGCAAAGCUCCGCCGGUUCUCAAUGCGAUCAAGUGGUCCGAGGGCAUGAACUCUCGGUUUCGCAACAACAGGGUCAUGGACCCCUUCAUCUCGUGGCAGUUCUUCUGCAGCAGCACGGGCUUCCUCAGGGUCUACCCCGCCCUCAAGUGGGUGGACGACGGCCCUGAUAUGUAUGAGUGUCGAACAAGACCAUGGUACGUGCAAGCUGCAGCGUCUGCCAAAGACGUGGUGAUCCUAUUGGACGGCAGCGGAUCCAUGAUGGGCCUGCGCAAGGAGAUCGCACGCACAGUCAUCAUCAACAUCCUCGAUACUCUCACCGAUAACGACUACGUCAGCAUCUUACGGUUUUCCGAAAUCAUACAGCCCGUGGCGCCGUGCUUCGGCGAAAACCUGGUUCAGGCGAACGCUCAAAACAUCAGGGAGUUCAAAGAACACCUGGGCGGACUCCCAACGACUAACAUUGCAAACUUCACGGCAGCCUUAACCCAGGCGUUCGAGAUGCUUCAAAAAUUCAACCGAUCUAAGAUGGGUAGCCAAUGUAACCAGGCAAUCAUGCUCAUCACGGACGGAGCACCCUACACCUACGAGGAGAUUUUCCGCCGGUACAACUGGCCCAACAUUCCCGUACGGGUGUUCACCUACCUCAUCGGCAAGGAGGUGACCGAUACGAGGGAAGUGAAUUGGAUGGCCUGCGCCAACAGAGGCUACUAUACGCACGUGACGACGCUCGCUGAAGUCCGUGAACAAGUUCAAAAAUACAUACCAGUCAUGGGAAGACCAAUCGUGCUUUCAAGAAAACACCCCAUCAUAUGGACAUCCGUCUACGGAGACAUGACGGAGCCGAAACUGACUGAUUGGCUAUGGGCCGAGCGACAGCAGGCGCAGUUUCGUAAAUUGAUUCUGCACCGCAACCUGAUGAGCAAGAACGUGGAGCAGUACCGGGCAGCGGCCUACGAAGCCGAUGCGGACGGCGGUGGCGUCGAAGACACCGUCGACUACGCUGCCGAGGCCGUCGAGUACGCACCCAGACGAACGGCCAGGUCUGUCAGCACUAUGCCCGUCAGCGCCAUGUCCGUGCGUCGGCCUCAGAAACCAAAGACUGUCACUCUCUACACGACAGUUGCAGCGCCGGUCUUCAAUACCAGCAACGACACUUCUGGCACCGCCAACCUCUUGGGCGUCGUUGGCAUUGACGUCCCCAUCAAAGAAUUCCAAAAACACGCCCAGCCAUUUAAGCUUGGUGUGAAUGCUUAUGCAUUCAUGAUCAACAAAAAUGGCCAUCUACUGUUCCAUCCGGACCUUCGCCCAUUGCAUGCAGACAUGCUGAAACCAUACUAUAGUAAUGUCGACCUCCUCGAAGUUGAGCUAUUGGACAAUGAGAACACCGACCGGAUCUUCACCGACGUAUUCACUGAGAUCCGUAGAAACAUGAUAAAUGGGAGGAGAGGGUGGAUGGAACUCCUUCCUGUACGAGUACACAUGGAUAGCAUGAAACGAGUUGUCACAAGGCGACACAACUACCAGUAUGGUUCCGUGCCAAACAGCGGAUUUUCGUUUGGCAUCGCUGUACCUCAGCCGUAUGGUUCUGUUGAAAUCCUGGGUGAAGUGCAGGUUCAAUCAAGGGAGGAAGACUGGAGGCAAUAUUUCCAAGGCGACAGUUGGAGGGUCCAUCCUGAUUGGGAGUACUGUGUGGACAUUCACAAAGAGUACGAUAAUCCCGAGAUGGUGAUCCGCGAUUUUCUCGAUCGGGUCAUGCGAGAUUCCUCCCAGUCGUCUGAGAGCUACAAGUGGAAGCCCGACAGCAAGCGUCAGUUCUACAACACCAUGGUUUGCGAUAAAGAAUUGGUCCAGAGCCUGGUGUUCGACGCGAAGGUGACAAGCCCUGCGAAGAUCAUGGCACGGCAGCCUUCCAAACAGCUCUACUCCCAUGUUUCUAAGGAUACGACCUUCAAGAGCAACGGCAUCGUGGUGACGUUUGUAGCCACAAGGAGCGGUCUUCUGCGCUUCACUGACCAUCGAAGCGAGGACGAGAAGACCAACAGUGAGAGACCUUUCUACGAUGUGAACACUAGAGCGAUCGAUGACUUGUUCUACAAGCGAGCUGUCGACUUCUACCAAACCGCGAACGACACAGCAUUCAUUUACUCUGUGCCGUUCGAUGCAGGAGCGCGGUACGCGGCCGAGGACUCUAGUACCAUCUAUGUUACUGGCAGUAGGGCUGUAUUCUUGGGAACUGAUAAGAAGGCACCAGCAGCUGUUGUAGGCCUUCAGAUCAAACACUCUGUUUUUGAAGAGAAGUUCUUCAACAUCACUUCCAAAUGUGAAAACCAGAAGCCUUGUGCCUAUACUUGCACGAAUGAAGCACUUGACUGUUAUCUUUUGGAUAACAAUGGAUUUGUUAUAGUAUCUGGGAAUCGUAGCCAAGUAGGGAAGUUUUUCGGGGAGAUUGACAAUACACUGUUCAUAUCGAUGGUCAAGUGGAAUGUUUAUAAAAAGGUUCGAAUAUACGAUUACCAAGCGAUAUGCUUCGAUGAGAUAACUCCAUCCGGUCCUGCCAAUUUCCGCACAAGCCCCUUUCACACUUUAUGGAAGGUAUUAGCGUGGGGAUGGCAGCACCUAGUAGCGUUCUUGAUAAACUUUGAAUUUAGUAAGAUUUUUAACCUGGAGUGGGCUGUAGCAACAGCUGAGUACGAAUACGUGAUGGACUACCUGGGCGACGACCCGGUGUUGACGUUUCGGAAGACACGGCCCAGACCGUGCGACAAAGAGAUUGACCUCUACGAGAUGCAACCACCCAUGGAUACGGAGCCCAUCAAGGGCAAACUUUAUAAGUGUAGUGACCGUAGCUGUGACAAGCAGUUCAUCGUGCAGUCUGUACCGUCGAGCAACCUGGUGAUGUUGGUCGUGUACACGGACUGUAACUGCACUAGCACGCCAGCGCCUCUGGUGCAGGAAGAGGUGCCACGGAAUGAGACCAUCUUCUGCAAUCACAGCAGUCUCCCGAGACAACGGCCGGAAAUAUGCAUUAACUACCACGCUGAGGAAGUUGAAUUGAAGCAGCAGUGUGGCAUGGCUGCCUGUCUGCGAGUUUCCACUGUUCCUCUCCUUGGCGGACUCUUACUCGCGCAGCUGCUCGCCCGGCGCCUUUGACAAGCAGCGGAGAGGCCACCUACCUCCUUUCCUUCCCGGCGGUUUCUCAACUAAGGCAGCGUAGAACAAGACCACCGUCGCCAAAAUGCGCCAGCACUGUGCCCCCCCGAGCACUGCCCGCGUGCGAGUGUAAACCCGACCACAGCGAGCAGAGAGAACUCCUCCGAACUCACUCUCGGGUUUUCUUCGUUUUUCGAUACCGUGUCAUCUGUAAAGGGAGCUCGUUGCAACUUGCCAAAUGGGACUAUCUCUUCCGAUACCUGUGCUUAGAGUUCUUUUUCCCCUCCCACCCAACCAACCAACCACAAAUUUCUUCGGUACAGUUGCAUUUCUAUCGUGAACGGGUCUGGAAGUUCAGCGAGUAACAUUGUUUUACUCGCAGCUCCUUCGGCAAAUGUUAGGCUCGCCUUUUUACUUUAUUCCGGUACAUUUAUUCGAAGCAGCGGUGACAUUCGUUUUUCGGCAAAGUUUCUUCACCAUGAGGUUACUUUAUGCACGUUACGCACUGCUCAGGUAGUUAGAAGAACGGAAAGUUUAUAUACCCAUUGUUUAUAUAGUUUUCCUAUCUUCCGUUGCAGACCUUAUGUAUGACCUAUACUAUACUUCUGGUGCUUCAAGAAUGCAAAAAUGUUCCUCAGUCCCUAAGUUUGUCCGACAAUACCUUUUGGAUGUGGUCUGAAGGUAAGAGCUGGACUGCGACUCAAAACCUAAGGGACGGACGCUUCUAAAGUUUCCUGGGCUCACAUCUUAAAAAAAAAAAAAGAGGACAAGAUUGUUUUAUAUUUGUUUGAAAAGAGUGGGCAUCUAAUGUCACUCCAUGGUGAUAGGUGGUGUUCGAUAUUGUUUUGAUCUUUUUUUUUUCUUUUUUUUUUUCAUCCUGAAGAGCAUGUUUCCUUUCCCAUCAACAUUUACAAUUUGUGUGACAUGUACCAAACAUUUAAGAACUUGCAUAAUGCUGACAAAUUGAACUGCAGCAAUGCCCUGCAGCUACAAAAAGGCUCUCGGCAGAUAAUUACAUCUACAAAUUUUACGAACACCCUCGUUAGAAUAAUUAUUUCACUGCAGUCGCUGUGUAGAUACAAAAUCAUGGCCAGUUAUAACCAACUUGCUUAUGAACAAAGUGGGAAUCAUAGAUAGUGUCGUAUUCCACGAGGUAGAUUAUAAAAUUUUUCUCACGGCUCAAAAUGGGGACAUGUCAGUGAAGAAGAAAAACCUGCAAGAGAUCCUCAGUUUCGUAGCUUGUUCAUCCUGAAGAUGUUAAGAGUGACUGUUUGAGAGAUAUGAGGCUGUACAUAAACCUGUUUUAUAAAACAAAUGCGUAUGAUACUUCACACACUUGUUUGCUCUCUUAGCAGUUUGAACAUUUUUGUAACUGAACGAGAAUCUUGUGCAUCAGCAGGUUUACAUUGCAUUAAAACAUGAUGUGGUUUUCCA